AUGGCUUCCAAGUUGAAGGAACGAAAAAGGAUUCCGGUUUCCCACAAAGUGAUCGAGAAGAGGAGGCGGGAUCGGAUCAACCGGUGUCUCAACGAACUCGGCAAAACGGUGCCAAUGGCACUGGCAAAACAGAGUUCCGGCAAGUUAGAGAAAGCGGAGAUCCUGGAGAUGACCGUCCAGUACCUGCGGGCCCUUCAUUCUGCGGAUUUCCCUCGGGGAAGAGAAAAGGAGCUUCUAGCUGAAUUUGCCAACUAUUUUCACUAUGGCUACCAUGAGUGCAUGAAGAACCUAGUUCACUACCUGACCACAGUGGAACGGAUGGAGACCAAAGACACUAAAUACGCGCGGAUUCUGGCUUUCUUGCAAUCAAAGGCUCGCUUCAUUGCGGAACCCAUCCUGACCUCAAUAGGAUCUCUUCCAGAGCCAGACUUUUCCUGUCAACUUCCACCAGCUCCAGACUGCUUGGCUCACAGCACCAAUGACCCAGUUUUCCCACAGGGAACUGGGCAUGGGCACUUCUCCUGGCAUGGCUCUGUCAGGAGCCCCAGUAUUCCUUACCUUCCCAAUGCUGCUGUGCCCCUUGCCAGCCCUGGACAACAGCGCAGCACUUUCUUGUCAUCAGUGCAAGGCCUGGACCGCCACUACCUCAACCUGAUAGGUCAUUCCCACCCCAAUGCAUUCAGCCUACCUGUUAGCCAGCACCCAUCUACACUAUAG